AAUUGAUAAAAUCAAUACCUACAAACCUAUGCAGUGAAGUGAAGUUUUUAGUUUUCAUUGGCCUUUUUUAAAAUGAGAACGUAACAAAACUUUAGUUUUUAAUUUUUAUUAGAGUCAAAAUAAGUACUAUAAUAUUUCAAAUUUUGUCAAACAGCUCGAUGCUCAUUUUUUAUUUAUUUACCUAAAUAGUGAUGAAUAUUUUCAUAGUUACGGCGUGGUAGAAUAUUCUACGCUGAAAAAUCUUUAUUUAAAGAAUAAUUGUCGCUAAAAGGUUUUUGUUGUUGAAGAGUCAGUUAUCAGUGUAAGAGUGGUUGUGAAGUCACAAUGGAGGAGAUGAAUGGGGAGCUGUACGGAGACAGCCUUGUUAGCCUUGCAGAUGAGGGUUCUUUGGAACCUUCUGAUAAUGGCAAACAAGAACAAAAUUGCAAGCUUUGCGAGAAUAAAUUAUACAGCCCUCGGGUAUUAUCAUGCCUUCAUGUUUUCUGUGAAGCAUGCAUAGACAAACUAAUGGUUAAUGAGGCUGGAGAUUCUCUCAAAUAUGAUAUAGUCAUUGAGUGUCCUCUUUGCAAGCAGGAAACUAAGAUACCUGUUGGUGGAGCUUCCUGCCUUCCCUCGGAUUAUGUCAUCACUAAUAUUCUGGAUGUUUCAUCAAUGGACCAAUCAGUGGUGUGCACCUGUUGUAAGAGUAAGGAGCCUGCAGUUGCCAGAUGUACUGAUUGCUCUCAUUUCUUGUGUUCUAAUUGCAAUUCUGCUCAUGAGUUUAUGAGAUGUUUUGAGAACCAUCAUGUUGUACCAUUUGAUGCUUUAAGAUCAUCUAAGGAAAAGUCUGCAGUGCACAAGCCCAUCUUUUGCAACCGUCAUGUAGGAGAGAGCUUAAAAUUUUACUGUUGCGAAUGUGAAGUAGGUGCGUGCUCUGAAUGUCUAACAGUUGACCACAAAAUUGGAGAGCACCAUUGUGAGCGCAUAGUCGAUGCUGAACCUAAUUUACGUGCGGAGUUGCAAAGCUUUAUAGUGGAAGCAAAUGCUCGAGCUAUGGCUGCUGGGAGUGCAUCCGCAAGACUUGAUGAUGCUUUGGGUGACCUGCAGCGUCAGCGAGAUGAUGCUGAAAAUGUCAUUAAUGAUGCAUUUCAUGCUUAUAAAGCAGCUUUGGAGAGGCGCCGUGAAAUUGCGUUGGAAGAACUGGAGCGCUUACAUAAGGAAAGGGAAUUGAAAGUAAUGGAUCUCUUUGAUCGUGUAGACAAAACAGUUCAGCGCAUAGAUUGUGCUUGCCAAUUCACAUCCCGAUUAUUAAGACGUGGUGAUGGCACAGAAAUCGUAAUGUUAAAGAAAACUGUCGCAACACAAUUUGCUCGCCUGUUGGAAGGAGCCCCUGAGUUCGACGUAGAUUACUCCAUAGAAUUUGUCACGAACAUGGAUAAAUUCGAUGCUAUUACCGAGGAUACGUUUGGUGCGUUCAGCACAGAAACUACUAAAGCCGAAGAGAGGAAACGCAUGAGUGAAUCAUCAGCAAUAAUGCCUUUAGCUUCUAACUCUCAUUCCCCUGCGGUAUCUGUGACGAAUGCACCUGUGUUUGAUGAUUUUCCUAUGGGCAACGUACGUCGUGUUACUGGUGUGUCAGGAGUUGGGAUGGUUGGUCUACAAGGUGUUGGUGGUGGAAUAGGUGUUCCAGCAAUUGGGCCUGUGCCGGGUGUUGGUCCCGUGACGAAUGCUGGUGUACUUCCAGGAGUAGUGGGGGUAAACAAUGUCUCUGGGGUUGGAGGUGUUCCCGCAUUGUCAUCAAUGGUUGAAUACAAUUUACAACAACUGGCUAGUAUUGCAGAGAAGGAUGGGGUCCCUCCGACACCUCAUGCAUCCCCGGCUCCAUCAUUCACUCUGGCUGAGCUACUUGCUGGUGAUCUGAAUUCUCCACAAGCUUAUAACAACUUGCAAGCCCUUGCUAAACUGGGAUUAAACACAGAAGUGAAUGGAUAUGGUGGAGUUGGCAGUGUGAGCAAUAUUAGCAGUGUUGGUCCCCGUGGCGUAUCUCCAGGAAGGCCCUUGCUGACUGCUGCUGAGGAAGCGGCCCUGGUGGCUCCACCUGCGCCCCUUGUUCGCGCCACUAAAGCGACUGCAAUGCACAUUAGAUUUAAAUUCGGCCAACUAGGAGGUGGAAAGGGUCAAUUCAAUUCCCCCCAUGGCUUUUGCCUGGGAAAUGAUGAAGAUAUAAUUGUAGCCGAUACCAACAAUCAUCGUAUAACGGUGUUCGAUAAAUCUGGGAACCACAAGUUUAACUUUGGAAUAGCGGGUAAGGAAGAAGGCCAGUUGUGGUAUCCAAGAAAGGUGGCCGUGGUUCGAGCAACGGGAAAAUUUGUCGUUUGUGAUCGCGGUAACGAGCGCUCACGAAUGCAGAUAUUCACAAAGAAUGGCCACUUCCUUAAAAAAAUCGCUGUUCGCUUCAUCGACAUCGUAGCUGGUCUGGCUGUGACUGCAGAGGGUCUUAUUGUGGCAGUCGACAGUGUCACACCUACCGUGUUUAUUUUGUCUGAAGAAGGAGACCUCAUGAGCUGGUUUGAUUGCAGUGAGUGCAUGCGGGAGCCAUCCGACAUUGCCAUCAAUGGCAAAGAGUUCUACGUGUGCGACUUCAAGGGUCACUGCGUGGUGGUAUUUGACGUUGAGGGCAGGUUCCUGCGUCGCAUCGGCUGCGAGAACGUGACCAACUUCCCGAAUGGCAUCGACGUGUCGGACGCCGGCGACGUGCUCAUCGGCGACUCGCAUGGCAACAAGUUUCACGUCGCGGUGUUUUCCCGCGACGGCGUGCUCGUCACGGAGUUUGAGUGUCCGUACGUCAAGGUAUCCCGUUGCUGUGGCCUGAAGAUCACUUCGGAAGGCUACAUCGUCACCCUGGCUAAGAAUAAUCACCACGUUCUAGUCCUCAACACCCUUUACAUUGUCUGAGGAACAAGUGGAUGGCUGUAAGUCUACAUACUACACAAGAUCUCACAUUUAUUCCCUAUUUGUUUUAUUUUUAAUUGCUGAUUUUACAAAGCUUAACAAUUUCGCUUAACAGUAUUUGACUACUUAUUUGUUAUUUUUAUUUAUUUUGUAAAUUCAGGUUAGUCUUGUUUAUUUCCAUACGCAGUGUACCACAUUCGUAGAUCAUUUCCUAUUAUUUCUUGUUGAACAUAUUAUUAACUUUAAUUAUUAUAUCACAUAGUCUGUUGGAUCGAGUCACUGCUAUUGGAUAAGUUUGUUAUUAAUCCCAAAGUACUGAGAAACUUGCGUAUUUUUAUCAUUGCAUUUAGUUAUAGUAACAGGAAAUCCAAAGUUUAGGCUAAUAUCAUUUAUAUAUUUUAUACAAAUAUCCAGUCCAAGUAUAUUACGUGCAAGUAUUAAAAUAUUGGUAAGCUUUUGCAUACUUGGUAGUGUUUGGACUAUACGUAAAACUGUUUAGUAGUUGUUAUUAUUGUUAUUCUCAAGAGGUGCAACGAAUUUUACAAAUGUUUAUUCAAAAUUCCAUUUUAAAGGCAUGUAUUUAUAAUUGAACCAAACUACCGAGUAUGAUGUUACUGCACAUUGAAUAAUGUAUCUGGCUGUUGACUGGAUCUAUUAUAAUUUAAUUUCUAAAUUAGCAGCUGGUAUGGUUCCUAGUUCGAGUGAAGUAAAUAGUAACAUGUCAAUUAGGAGUCUGCGUGAAGGUGUCGCCUCAUCCAGACGAGUGUAGAGUAGACUGUCCCACCAUGUUGGUUGCCAUUUUUUUACUUUUCGGGCUACAACCAUUGAGGCAUCGUCUAGUGUUCAACGCACAAUUGAGUUUAUUGUUAAAAUUGUUUUAGUCUUUGACCAAAGGAGGCGACACUAAAAUAUAACGUGCCAUCUAGUUUAGGUUAAUUGCUUAUACAAUAUUAUAUAUUGUCCGUUAAAAAUAUAUUUACCUUUUACAGAAAUUCUUGUGUCUAUACAAAAUGUUUUUUCAUGUACUCUUGUUUUGAGAGCCUAUAUUUGAAUGUUUUCCAUGGUUUAGGCCGUUGAGGCUACAUAGAGUUUGCUUGUCUUGAAAUUGGUAAAUUGGAACAUAAGAUGCCUCUAAAAUAAUCAAAAUUUAUCGUAUAUACUAUAUUGAGUGGUGUACAAUGAAAAAGGUUUAUUGUGGCAUCUUCACACGGCAUGUCACUCGACCGCUUCGGUGUUUGUUAAUCUUUAUAGUCGUUAGAAAAAUGUUAUAAUGUCACAAACUUGAGUAGCGGGUUUGUACAAUGCUUAACACUUAUAAUAUAAUAAGAUAAUGUUGAACAAAUAAGUAGGUUAUCGUGGACGGUCGAUGUGAUUGUCUUACAAAAACAUGAAUAUGCCACCAUAAACAAGUUUAUUUCUACAAAUUAUAACUCAAUAGUUCGAUCAGUUUGCCAAAUAUUAUAUAUUUUUAUAGAUAUCCACGUUUGAAAUUUUGGAAUUAAAUGUUCGUAAAAGUAAUGUUAGGCUGUAGAUGAUGUGGAUUUAACAAUAUUAUAUUCUAUCCCCGUUUGUUCACUGUCACAUACGCAUUAUAAAUGAAUAUAAUGGUUAUGGAACUCCAUUUGUCGUCUAGUCUUCCAAAUACUUUGGCGUUUCAUAGUGACAAUUAUUACAGAUAGCGAUUUAAAAACGUAACUAUCAUAAAGAGGAAAAAAAAGCAAAAAAAAAAAUUAAGAGAAAAAAAAAGAUAGCCAUUAUUCUCAUGUAGCAAUAUAUUAUGUUGCUUUUCUCUGAGUACUUAUAAGGUCACUAAAAUUGAGUGUGAUAUUUUCCGCUACGUUUUCUUUGAACAAUGCUCUCUAACUCCCGUUUGUUCGAAGUUAGAACAUUGAAGAAAAACCUCUUCAAGAAAAUAACAAGUAUUUUUUAUGUUCCUGAUUGUCUCGCAGGUGAUAUAUUUUGUUUCACAUUUCUACCAAAUUUACAUUUUAAGAUGCUUAUAUCCGUAUUGUCAUUAAGCAUAUUUACAACACGAAUACCGUAGCCAUUCACUAUUUAAAUAUAUUGUAAUCUUAUCUUUAUGUACUUAAUUAGUAAUAUUUGUUUACUUGUUGUGUAUUAACAGGUUUAAAAAUAAUCAAUACAUUAGAAAUGUUUAAUGUGAUAUAAGCAAUAACAGAAGGAAGUAAUAUAGCAAGUAGCAACUCGGUGCGAGGUCGUUGUUGGGUCAGUUGGGUGCGGGCGGGAUGCGGGGGUUGUGUGUCGGCCGCUCGGACUCGCAAGUUGCGAUAACUCUUGAAUCCUUUAUUUAUUAGUGAGUAACUUUUGGGUUUUUUUUCUUAUUGUUUUUAAGUUAUUUGUUUCAGGAUUUUUGUCCCGAUAGUAUUAGGGAAUUUUAUUUUCUUUAUUUUAAUUGUAAUAAGUAAACGGUUGGGUCUGCGAGCUUUGCGGAUUUUUAAUGUGUGAUUAAUACUCUCUUUAUUUCGCAUUUUGUUGUAUUGUUUUUAACUAUACGUCCCAGGCCUAUAUUUGAAUAGUAUUUAUGGCCAGUGCGGUUGGCCUUUAGAAUUACGAAUUUUUACUGCCAAAUUAUUUUCUUACGAUAUUUGUGCCUGCACAUAGUAAUUAUUAUUUUAAAGAAUAUUUGUAAAAAUAAUUAUUGUUGCAAAUUUAUUUUAAUAAUAUUCAGGGUUUUAAAAUUAUUAAAAAUUCAUUAUUAUUCGUUGUCUAUUGAUCAAAAUGAUUGUGUGUUGAUUGGUUUCGUUAAAUUAACCGAAAUACAAGCAAUAGGAGCCCCAACGGGAGCGUUUGACGCUAUUAAUGAUAUUGCUUAGGGUUGCAUUAUAUUAUUAAUUAUUAAAGAGUGGUGUGAUAAGUUUUGGAUAAUUUUACAAGUUAUACUAUUUUGCAUGUGAACUUCAAUAUCACUUACUAAAUUAGAAGUUAACAUUGUUCGUGUCACCUUGUCGACAUCGGAACCGGCUCGCGGUGACUGCGGGUUCGCGGUAGUAUUAUCAUUUUAUUAUCUUACAUUUAAACUCGUUUAGUCGAUUACAUUGAAAGUAUUUCCUUUUAUUCUUGCCAUACAUUAUCUUACGUAGGUGUCGAUUUAGACGUUUUAGUAGGUGAUAGCAUUUUUCAAUUAUUGAUGUAUACAAAGAACAAUAUGGCAAGUUUGUCAAGGGUGUCAUUGUUUUAGCGUUGUUAAUUAGAUAGUAAGACGGUUGAUAUUGUCCGUCUCACGCGGCUGUACAUUGUUGCUGUAAAGAGUGAGCACUUAGUCAUGAGGUUAUGGCUGGUCGAAUGGUAUCUAUUGUCCAUUGACGUUACACGAUAAUAAUUAUCAUUAGAGUACAGUACAGUAGACUUUCUUGGAAAUCUUAAAGUUACCUAUAUAAUAUACACUUAAAGCAAUUUUUGGUAAAUAUAUUUGUCUCGAAUCUAUAUUCCCUUAUGUAUCCAGCAAUAAAUUACUUGAGUAGAUGUAGUUGUCGUCGUGUGGCACGCGAGUCGCGACGCUAACGUAUCGGUAGGGUUCGCAGCGCACAAGGGAGCUCCCGUGGUACCUCCCUAUUGGAGGUGGGCGUAUUGCCCAUGUAUGGUAUGGUACUCCAGCACAGCUCAUGUCGGCGGAUUGUAUCUCGGAUCACGUGGGACCGUGCUAAUUGACCGUGGGAGGGGGUGCGGUGCGGGUGACGGACAGCUGAUCACCGGCUCGACUUAUGUAUCAUCCCUACUCAUGUUAACGACUGUAUCAUUAGAGUAGCUAUAGACAUCGUUCGUGCUUUGUGUUCGUCCCACCUUACCACCGCCAUAUUAGUUUGGUCUCUCCCCUGUUCAAAUAACCAAUAUAUUUAUUAAGGUUGUGAGCUCUAUUCCCGUCGGAAUUGUAAGCCACAUGAGUGCUUGUGCAAUAAAUAUCACAGUUUGGGUCUAGGCUUUUAAAUUAUUAUAGAUUAUAUACAUUGUUGAGCUGAUUAUAAAAAUUUAAUAUAUUAUUAUACCUUUUAAUAUUGUUAAAGAAUUCUAAUUGCAUUCCACAUAGAGUGAACGAAUUUGAGAUGACCAUUUUCAAUCUACAUUAUACAAGUUAUUUUUUUUACAAUUGUAGGAUUAUUAGCAGUUGCCAAUGUUUUUCCUUUAGUCAGUAAAAGUACAAAUAUUUUAAUAUACAAUUCUUGGUAUGUAUGUACGUGUUGUAGUGUCUUAUUUUUAGUAAAUUGUUUUAACUGUAAGCAUAAUGUUUCACGAGCGGCCAUUUGGAUCUGUUUGCAAAUUGUUCAGUAUAACAAACAUAUCAUACCGGAUCUGAGCUUGCAUUACGCGUGUGUCCUAUUGAUGUCGAGGUGUACAACAAACUGGACUCUCGUGCCCACGUUUGUCGUAAUGCGACUCAGUAGGUACACUUGCUUCUUAUUUAUCUAUUUCGUAUAUUUCUUACUUUCAAUUGAAUGGCUUUUGUUUUCAGUCUUAAUUUAGUUUUAAGUGUAUUCAGUAAGUUUCAAUUUUAAGUUCCCUGUGGUUUUUAUGUUUUUAUUACAAUUGAAAUUUUUAAGUAAUUUGUGUGAUUGGUGCAUGUUUCAAGUGCAUUUUUUGUUUUUGAUCCAAAGAUUUCAUUAUUCUUAAUUUAAUUAUACUAUUAUUAAUUAUUAACAAAGACAUUUGUGGAGUGUGCAUUCACAUUGAUAUUAUUAGGGUUUCACGUUUUUUCGUAGAGUUGGUGCAGCCGAGCAAAUGUCUAUUAUAUUCUCAUAGGAAUAUAUUGCUCAAUGGUUUUUUUCUGUUAAAAGUAUUUUAAACUUAAGUAGUGGUCCACUUUGAGUGUUUGUAUCCAACGUGGACUUGAAAAUGAUAGUAAUAAUAACAUUUAAUAUAUCUAACCGACAAUACCCUCCGCAAAUAUUUGAAAUAUAAAUAUAAUUUUUAUUAGAGGUAGUUGUUUGUCUUCACUGCAGCUGCGUGAAGUGCUAGCAGUACGGGGUACCGUCAGCAUACACACGGCACACUGGCUCUGGAGUCAUUAUUGUAACUGCUAGAUUGAACCUGCUCUUAAAUUAAAAAAGACAAUUGGCAAAAAUCUUGGUGUCCAGUUAUUCUGUUCGUAUAGGUGUUGGGAUCACUUGGAUUUGGCCUCAUACUUGGCAGUUUAUAUUAUGUCUUCAGUGUUUUGGUGUCGAGUUACUAUAACACUUUGCCCCCACUAUCAACGAAGAUAUUGUUAUUACUUACAGAAUUUUCUGCAGCAUUGUGCCUAGAUCUUAGAAGUAAACGGUAAUGAGGUAGUGUUAAUCUCAAAUAUUUUGGCUCUUUGAAUAUUCCAUGAUAUUAUUUAUGUUUUUUUUUUCAUGAAAAUGUAUUUACAUUAUUAUACAUUCAUACACUUAGUAAUAUUGUAUACAUGACUAUAUAUUGCGUAGUUUGUAAAUUCAUUUUAAUGUGGAAGUGAGGAUCCCAAUUGGCGUAUCGAGUAGUGAGCCAACUAGGGCUUUGCCCUACAGUACGAACAAGGGUGUAACUAAAUAAGGGUGAACUAGUUGGGGUACUGACUUGCAUAAUUUUUUUUUCACCGCUGAUGUUACUUGGGAAUUUGGAUAUUGUUUAAACUCUUUUACCGAGUGCAAAUUUUCACGUGACUUGCGGUUUUUAUUAAUUAAGUUUAUUAUCGUGAACUGUGGCCAGGAUGACAACAGCACAGAGCAGUGUAAUUCAGAGCCUGCCUAAAAUAUAUUUUUGUCAUGAUUUUAUUUAGGUAUAUACAUGUUAUUAUUCACAUAUUACAGUUUUCUCAAUAUUAGCUUGUAUUUUAAUUAAGAAAUAAUCAUAUUUAACAUUGCCAGGUGAUCAGCAACCUGCACUUUAAUAUUUUUGGAAACUAUUGAACUUAAAUUGUACUGACUUUAUAAAUAUAUUUACUUCAAUAAAGAUUUUCCAUGCCACUAAAA